UUGUGCUACGGAGUGCUCGGUGAGCAGAUCGGUUUUAUGCAUUGGUGUGUUUUAAGCUAAGCCUGAUUGUGCUGAACGGAUAUGGCCACCGAAGUGCCCUACUUUACGAACGCCGAAAAUGGCUACGUCCCGGCCAAGUUAGCCCACCGAAGCGCGGCCAGUAGCCAGCCGCUUCGAUUGCUUCGUUUCGUCGUUAACCAUGUCAUACCGGACACGGUAAAGUUCCUGCUGCAGCUGAUUCCACUCGCGCUCAGCGGUCUGGUUGGGCUCGUACUGCCGAGCAAGAAGAAAUCAAUCCACGGCCACACCGCCCUCGUUACCGGCGGUGCAAACGGUUUAGGGCGGGCGCUAUGCCUUCGAUUGGCCCGGGAAGGCUGCCAGGUGGCCGUGGUCGAUAUCGAUCUGGCCGGAGCGCAACGGACCGUAGAAGACGUGCGUGCGCUCGGCGUGAAGGCGGAAGCUUUUCUGGCCGAUAUUGCCAACUACGAGGCGGUAGAACGGUUGAGGCUAGAGGUGGAAUCCAAGCUUGGCCCAGUGGACGUGCUGGUCAACAAUGCUGGCCUGCUGGCGGUGCUUUCGCUGAGCGAAGGCAAACCGGCCGACCUGGAGCGCAUCGUUAAUGUUAAUCUACUGUCGCAUUUCUGGACCAUCCGUACGUUCGUCGAUGGAAUGAAGCAGCGCCAGCGAGGAUACAUUCUUGCCGUCAGCUCAAUACUGGGUUGUCUACCAAUGCCGCGGACAGUCUCCUACGUUGCUACCAAGUUUGCAGUACGCGGGAUGAUGCAAGCAUUACAACGCGAGUUAACGAUGGAUGGUUUCGGGGAGACAAUUGUAGCCACUACCCUAUUUCCAACGUUCAUCGCCACCAGAAAGGAAUUAAUGGAUCUGUUGAGCGAAUUAAGCUUGGAUGAAAAGCUAGCCAUUCUGACGCCUGAAAAUGUGGCAGACUCUGCUAUCGAAGGAAUGUUAAGAGGACAGGUCGACGUCUAUGCCGCACCAUUUUUCAUCCGGUUAUUCAUGUAUCUAAGCGGAAUACUUCCUCAUGUACUAACCAGUUUACUGAUUCAAACAAUAAUGGGAAAAGUUCCAACGCUGAUGGACAGGACCAAGAAAAAUUGGAGAGCAGAUUGAGAAAAAAUCAAAAUAUUUCCUAGAAUGAUAGUUUGCGUCAACAACAACCUACGUUUUUCGAAAUGUGAGGUGUUUCCUUUACCAAAAAUGUAGGGUUCCUGAAAAUCUAUUUUCUUAUCGAAAGAAAACAAAAUGGCUUCAUCAGAUGAGCAGUUCCGGUUCUAACUACUACAGCUACCACUCAUACGGGUAUAUUAUGCUCGCCUGUUUGAUCGGCGACGCAGUACAUUUGUAUAAUAUGAUCGUGGGUUUAGACACACCGUCAAAUAGAGUCGCGCCAUAAAGCCAACAUCGAAGAUACUCGAUGAAAAGUCCAUACUAAAACAAAUCUGUUGCACGGCAAUUUUGUUAAAGUCAAGUGCCUUUGACAUUGAAUCCAUGACGUGCAUGUUGUUAAGAGAUAUUGAAACAACUUCAUACAUAAACUACUCACCCUGAUCGACCCUGAGACUGAAAACAUAUCAAGUAUAACAUUUAAAUUAUAUAUACUGACUUCUGCCCAAUUUCAAUAGUUUGAAACAUUCUACGACCAGUUAUUAAUUUGAUGAAGUAUAAUAUUUUUAAAACGUGUCAAAUUUCAUUUUUUGAUUCAAAACUUAGUCGUAUCAAAUAAAUUCGUAGUCUAUGAAUAGGUACGUUGAGUGUUUAAAUUUUGAAUAGAGCUUUUAAUUACAUAAAUGGUUAAUUGUGCUAUAUUUCCAUUUAUUUUCUUUAUUUUUGUAUUAUUAUUAUAUAACUAUUCUUAUCUACAUAUCUACAUAAUUUUACUUUUUGUAGAUCUGCUCAUGAUUUCCUUAAAUAAUUCUUUACGAUAACAUAAAUUUUACAGGGCACAAGAAGAACGAUUAUUUCUUUGAAGUUUCUUGAAGAUACCUUUAUCUUAUUAUUGGUGUAACGGCUUACGCGGUCAUCCUGUCCUUUUAAAGGUUUUCGAGUCCUUUUCGUACCAUGCAGCCGGAUAGUUAGUCCUUGCUACGAGCGCACGGUCCAUAUGAGGUUUGAACCCACGACGAGCAUAUUUUUUUAAAUUAUGCGAACUGAUGACUAUACCAUGGUUCCAUUGUUGAUAUAUUUUAUCUUAAUUUAUAGCUUUAGCCUUUACCAAUGCGACUUCAUCGCUUACCCUGAGUAAGAACAAUGGCUAGUAGAUUUGAUUGUAUGCAUUAUUUACGAUGUGUUUUUCGUAUAUCAUCAGUCAUAGGUUUUUACGCACGUUCAGCUGAGAAAU